CAGAUUUGUGUAUGCGUGUAUGUGUCUGCUAAGGUCCCGCCCUCAUUCUUAAAGCCUUGAGUCAUCGUGUGUGUGUUUUUUAUGAAUGAAAGGAUCCAGCCCGCGGACGGUGGAGUGAUUCCGGGAAAAAGGCGUUUUGCUCUCUAGUCCGUCUAAACACGGGCCGAAUUGUGAUAACGUAUGUUAUUUGAAAUAUCGGAACGGCGGUGAAAAUCGUGGGCUUCGCUAUCCGGCGACUUGUGAAAUAACGCAAGCAACACAAGGUUUCAGGGAUAAAUAAAACCAGACCAUGACUUCAGACGGCAGAGCUAGUAAAGCUCUCAAGGUAAAGAGGGAAUGUGGCGAGAAUGUUCCAGUGCUGAGCGACAGUGAGCUCAUGUCGCUGUCAGUGCGUGAGCUGAACUUGCACCUGCGUGGUUUGUCGCGGGACGAGGUGCAGAAGCUGAAACAGAGGAGACGUACGCUGAAAAACCGGGGCUAUGCAGCCAGCUGCCGGGUGAAGCGCGUGUCCCAGCGUGAGGCCUUGGAGCAGCAGAAAAAGGAGCUGCAACGUGAGGUGGAGCGGCUGGGAGCAGAAAACGCAGGCAUGCGGCGGGAAUUGGAAGGAUUGGGGGCCCGUCUCGCUGCUUUGCAGCGCUUCGCUCGAGGUUUGGAGUCUGGAGGAGCCAGUUUACUGGCCUCUACGCCCCGCCUGAACACGGCCUCCGUCAUAACCAUAGUGAAGACGCCGCAGCAGGUGCACGCCUCUAGAGAGCAAGGAGCAUCCUAGGGCACAGUGGCACCACACUGAUGGAUACACAGACACAUAUAGGUACACAGUAUGAUCACACAGGACCACGUUUGCUCGGUUGCACAGAACUAUUUGCAGCGAUUUCAAAAGUUAUUUAUACUUACAUAUAAAGGAGCAAAAACAUGCCAGUUGUAUUUUGGACUGUUAAAUUUACUUACACACACACAUACACAGACAUGCAGUAUAUACUGUAUGUAUACAUCAUACAGUCUAAUAUAUGUUGUGCUGGACUCAUUAUGACAAGUGUAUACAUCUGCAUAAAGCUAUAGCUAAUGAUAUGAUACCAUUAGGCUACUUUUUUAUGCCUGUGUUGAUAUAAAUAUGCUUUCUGGGUGUCCAUACAUGUUGGCAAGUCAUAACACAAAUUCUUCACUAGACUAAUGUGUGAGCUUGACUCAUCAUGUGUGACCACUGAAGCUGGUUGGUUUUGCUGGAGUGUCUCCAUGGUAUUUAUUAAUCAUGGGACUAGAGGAUGUUAUGUUAAUGCAGAUCUAUUAAUACAUGCCAUUUCUAUAUUUUAAUGUUUGUAUAAAAGACAAAUGUUCAACAACAGACAUAAAAGCUAUUUUAUUUGUGUUUAAGACAGAAAUGUUGAAGGUAAUCUGUGCUGUGAUUGGUCUAAAUACUACUUCUAUUUGACUAGCUUGGGGUCAUUCUUAAUUAUUGUAAUGGGUUUUGACGUGAGUAUUUUUUUGUAACGUUUACUUGUCGUAAUGAGUAGUUUAGUAAUGGUAAAGUAUCUGGCCCCAUUGCUUUUAACUAAAUUCAGUACGUGCGAGGGUCAUAUUCGUCCUAAUGUUAGAGCAGCUUGUUUGUAGUGGUAUUUGUGUAUUUAAAACCAAGACCAUAUAUAUAUAUAUAUAUAUAUAUAUUAUUUGCUAUUUAUGAUUUAAAAACUUUGAACAGUUGGAAUAUUUGGAAAAUCCCAUCAGAAGGAAAGUGGCGAAGGGAAAUUUGAGCAAGAUGUGAAAAUAGAGGGCAAAGAGGAAGCGGGGAGGCAAAAUGGGAAGUGAGCAAUUACAGUACAGCUCACUUGGGAGGAAGAUGAAGGAUUAGAAAGUGACAGAGGGAAUAUGAAAGACAGAAAUGAGGUUAUCACAUGUAUGUCACAUCAACUCGUGGUUGUCAGGAAGGUUCUUGCCAACUACAAGCCUGCUUUAAAGGUUAUACUGUAAGAUCAUUUUAAACAUGAUAUCUCCGGUGAUUUUUAAAUAAAUUUAUUUAGCUAUGUCAUCAGUACUGAGAAUCAUCUAACUUGUGCCCGUGACACGUUUGCUUGGCAAAUGUGUCCAAUGUUUUGUAAAAGUGUAAAGCACAAAAAUGUUGUUUGUAUUUAUUAGCUGUAUUUUUCUAUGGUAAAUUCAUUGUCUAUUUUAUAUCAUUUAAUUGAAAUAAAUGUUGUAUAUAUUGUACAUAAAAUUA